CGGGGGAGGGGGAGAGUAGUCGGAGCUGGGAGACUGUGACGCCCACUUAGUGCAAACGUGUCCAUGUGCCAGGCGGGGGAGACGGCCUGAGCUGCUGGCCACCGCCAUGGAAACCCACCCCAAGAGCCUGGACAGGAGCGAAAAGUCCCCUGAAUCCAAGGAUUUGCUCACUAGCCACACGGCCAGCACGCUGUGCAUCAGCUCCAGGAGCGAGUCCGUCUGGACCAGCGCGCCCAGGAGCAAGUGGGAGAUCUACCACAAGCCCAUUGUGGUGGUGUCCGUCGGAGGCGCCAUCUUCCUCUUCGGGGUGGUGGUCACCAGCCUGUCCUGCUUCCUAGAGACCAACAAGAUGGUUUACAAAAUGUGCGGCCCAGCUUUCCUCUCCCUGGGGCUGAUGCUCCUGGUGUGCGGCUUCGUCUGGAUCCCGGUCAUCCGGAAGAAGCAGCGGCAGAGACAGAAGUCGCGCUUCUUCCAGAGCAUCAAGUCGUUCUUCUUUAACCGCUGAAGGCCGCAGCGCUCGCCGGCGGCAUGCAACGCCUCUUGGGCCUGGCUGGAUUUGCCAUGAGAUUGCUAGCGCCCAAUCCUGCUCUCGGACAUGCCUCCUGGUUCCCCUGCUCGGACUUCUCCUCUCCCCAUCUUCACCCCCAGACUGGUCCUCACUGUGCAAGCGACCGUCACUCUCUGUGUGAGGAGAGCAGAACCCUGCUGCUGAGGCGAACAGGUGGGGCCUGGGAUGGGCUAGGUGUCCUUGGCUGCCCUUGAUGACCUUUUUAGACCCCUUCCACACACACGCUGCUCUGAUGCUAACAACGGGAUUUCGCUAGAACGUGUGAACCCUUCCUCAGGCAGGCGACUCUCACUCCCAGGAGCAGUCGCAUGGAUUCGAACACUCGUGUGAGUAAGAGUCGCGGGACGGGUCUGACAGAGCAGAACCCGAAAGGAUUUCAGCCGUGUUAACCGGGGAAACAGGCAAUGUUAGCCAGGGACGGGACCGUUUUCCAUAGCCGCACGGCUACAACCCUCUGUCUGGCUAAGCAGGCUACAUACAACACUUCAGAUCUAGAAGAUCCAGAGUGCCAGGACAUGUCCAUUGGAUCUGAAGGAGACAGUACUGCAAGGGCAAACCAAAUCAUUUCUUUCUAGCCACCCAUGCAUUGGACCUCAGAGGACACAUCCAGAACGAUAAACAUGCAUGAUCCACAGCUGGGAAUGGCAGGACUCAGAUGGGGACGUGCAUGAGGUACGUCUCUUAAGGAAAUGAGCGUUGAUGUGCGACGCUACUCUAAAGGGCAUUGCGAAAUGCUGCUUACAUACCACAUUCUGAUGGAGGCCUCGGGUGCUAUUUAUUUCUACCUAAGUAGCCAAGUCAAAGAGCAACUGAGCAUCAGAAAUAGCAUUUCUCUGUUCAGUUUUAGAGUUGGUCUCUAAGAAAUUCAAUCUGUAUGUUUAUCUCCUUUCGGAGCGCUUGUCUGUCAACAUGGAUUCCAGCUCAGCAGAAAUCUCAGACAUUCCACACAGGCUGAUCAAGAACAACUGUCCAAGAGACGCUUUGUUUCACUCAAGCUCACAAAGCUCCCAUCAUCAAUAAGUAUUAUGUACCCCGAGGAAAUUUACCGACACAAAGUGGGAACCGUUUUGGAAUAUUUUUAUUUAAUACAGUAGUUGUCAUUUUUUUCAAUGAGGCCUGGUUAGUUUAAAAAAGCAUGUAAAUACAAUGUCCCAACUCCAAGUCAAACUGUGCAAUUGGUCUUUGGAUUGGAUUCUACGGACAAGCUAUUUACAAAGACACGUAGUUUGUAUUUGGCACCUAAUAAAUGUCUUGAUUUUCAAAGCUACAGAGCUCCUGUUGCCUCUACUGAAGUCAAAGGGAGCUUAGAAGACUUAGCAGCCCCAACUGGAUUGUAUCUCUGGUUAGCCUCAUAAACAUAGCAUGGAGUAAUCUCAUAUCUGCAUGCAGACCCUCCUUUUCCCAGGUAAGGACACGUCCGCACACCGACACCUCUGGCUUUGGUCAGGUUUCAUUGUAACAGUCCUGGAUGUUUGUCAUCCUGUGGAACUCCUUGCCAGAGGAUGUUGUGAAGACCAGGACUUUAAUAGGGUUAAAAAACAAGCUAGAGAAAUUCACAGAGGAGAGAUCCAUCAAUAGCUACCAGGCAGGGCAGGUAGGAAUGGUGCCCCUAGUCUCUGUUUGUCAGAGGCUGGGAAUGGGUGACGGAGGGGAUCAUUUGAUGAUUUCCUGCUCUGUUCACUCCCUCUGGGGCACCUGGCAGUGGCCACAGUUGGAAGGCAGGACACUGGGCGAGAUGGGCCUUUGAUCUGACCCAGUCUGGCCAUUCUUAUGUGGGUUAAUGCCCAGCAGAGACCAAAUGGCACCACAACAUGGGAAAGGCAGAGUCUAGCUCUGCCCUCGAGAGCGGGGGAGGGAACCAUUUUUGGUCGGGGGUCACUGACCCACAGAAACAUCAUUUGGGGACCACACACAAGUGAGAAACAAAAACAAAUCCCUCACUGACGCGGCCCUAGAGAA